CAAGAAUAAAAUAAAUUAUAAUUAAUAGUUUAAUACCAAUUGCUCGUAUUUUCUUUACAAACUCGUUUACAAAUUAAGUUAUUGUUUUUCUAUGACCUUAUUAAUACCAAAAAAAUCAAUUUGUUUUACCAAUAAUUAGAUUAGCAGUGAAUAAAAGGAACCGAUGGAAGCCAUUAAAAACAGUGUCAUCAGUAUGAUGUAUUGCAGUGAAUUUAAAAUUCAAACAUUAUUGAUUCAAUAGUAAUGGAGGGUGUCGCCAAAAUUGGGGGUUUCCGGUACGAAAAUGGGGCUGUUUAUGUCGGUUCAUGGAACAAAGAUGGACGCCGUCAUGGCUAUGGUCAUUUGAAAUUUCGAAAUGGUAACAGAUAUGAUGGGUUUUUUGAAGAUGGACUUUUUCAUGGUUUAGGGAUGUUAACAUUUUCAGAUGGCGCCAAAUAUGAAGGUGAAUUUACUGAUGGGUGGUUUCAUGGUUAUGGGAUUUUUUGGAGAGCUGAUGGUAUGAGACACGAAGGGCAGUUUUGUGGAGGCAAAAUGUGGGGUUUAGGUUUAACCACGUUUAAAGAUGGGUCUAAUGGGUUUCCGAGAUAUGAAGGGUUUUUUCAAGAUUGCAAAAUUUUGAAAACAAUCAAGUGUCCUGAGGCCGUACAAAAAGCUCAGAAAAUAGCAUUUAUGGCUAGAAAUUAUAAAGAAUAAAAAAUAUUCGCUAUUGUUUAGAAAGUACAUAUUUGCUGUGCAAAUAAACA